AUGGAGCAAAUUUUUCUUGUUCAGCUCCUGUUUUUAUCGAGCCUUAUUAUUUCUUUAGCGGCGGUAGAUAUCACCCUAAAGAACGAUGAUUUAAUCCACUCGCCGUUCUCUGAGGAAUUGGGAAACGACGCGAAUCUGGAUGGGCCAAAAGUUUUUACGAAGGAGGAGCUGUCGGUAUACGACGGAGAGAAUGUAAGUAAUAUUCUAUACUUUAAAGUCGGUUAAUUUGGAUACAUUUGAUCCCCACGAUCUCCUAGUUAUUUGCCUGUUGUCAUCUUCAAAGGUGUACAGUGUAGAGGUUAUUGGAAUCCCUAAAAAGAUUACGUGACAUAUCUAAUCUCAAGUUGGACUGCCAACGACGAGUGACAUGAUCUAUGCCAUGUUUAAUUUUCUAUUGUUCAAUUUUGCUUCGUCAUCUUUUUCGCUUCCAGCCUGAUCUUCCCAUCUACGUAGCGAUCAAAGGGAUUGUAUUCGAUGUCUCAGAAUCGAAAAGUAAGACUUGGAUCGUAUUUUCUUACUGUUUGUCAUCUUUCCAUUUGCCACUUGUCAGUUGAUGAGUAAAGAUGCCGCAAUUAUUUUUCUUUCUCCUCUGUGAGUAGAAGCUUAUGGACCCGGAGGAUCCUACAACAAGUUCACUGGCAAGGAUGCAUCAAGAGCUGUAGCCAAAUGGUCUAUGGCAGAAGAGGAUCUCAAUGAUAAUUUGGUGAGGCCUGCAUGACGUCAUACGAACCUAUAUUAAAUUUAAUAUUUCCUGAAAUAAUCAAGCGAGCAGAGUGGCGCAGAGGAAGCGUGCUGGGCCCAUAACCCAGAGGUCCGAGGAUCAAAACCUCGCUCUGCUAGAGUAUUUUUUUCUUUUCCAAUCUUCUCCAAUUUUUUUUUUAAUUCCUUUUUUUUUUAUCCUUUAUUUUUCGCAUUUCUUUAUUUUUAUUUUUAUCAUCCAGGAGGAUCUAUCGGAAGCUGAACUCAACCGCCUAGAUACAGUCUUCAAGAAGCUGUACUUGGAAAAGUAUCCCAAGGUUGGUAUUGUCGAGGGACACGAGCCUUACCAUGAAGACAACCUCACUAUAAGAAAGAAUAAAAACAUAGAACUUUGAGUGGUAAAUGUCCAAUUUUCAUAGGAUAAGAAAUCUGUUGGAGAAGUUUUGCUUUAAGAGUGAUCGCACAGAUACACCGAACAAGUCGGUUCGUAACGCCCUAGAUAGCAUUUGAUCACAGUUAAGAGGCAAGUCAUUCCUAAUUCAAGAUCGAUGCCUCAAUUUGUAGGUUGUUUGAAAACUUCUCAUUCAAGCUUGUGUGUGAAGGUAAAUGCUUUUUCCAGAAGCCUGUGUCAACCUGUGAAGACAAAGCUUCUUCAUCUUAUUUCGUCUCCAUUUACUUACAUUGUAAGGACAGAAGAUUUGCGGUGAAAACUCGCAAGUCUUGCAUUUUUUUUCUUGUUUUCUCGAAAUCGAAUGAGUAGAAUUUAAAAA